GAUGGAUCGCCUUUCAAAGGCCCUUAAUGUUUUGCAGACAACUAGGAAGUCAGACUGGGCGACUAUAUCCAGCAAAAAAUCGGAACUUUGCGAAAAAGAGUAUGCAGCUUUCUCAGAUAUCAGAGAUGUGCUUGUUCGACUUGAAAUUUGGAGGAAUCCAAAAUAUAACGACGAGUUCAGUCGUGCAGUGAAAACUUUGUUUGAAUACAUCAAUCAUCCGAACAGUGACUUUCGUAUGUUAAGUGAACAAACAGUGGAUUCGGUGCUUCGGCAUUUGGUUAUUGAUAUGAAUACUUCACGGGUUAUUGUUGUAUUGAUGUCAGAAAUUAGACGAAAUGGACCACCACGGUCACUCGUUUUUGCGCUUUCGCGGUUGCUCGAUGCUCUAAAAUAUGUAAAAACAAAUCGUUCACGGGCUAUAGGAAUGCAUCUGGUUUCUGCUCUUCCGAAAAUCCUAAUUCGUUCAGAAGAAGUUGUGCAGAGUGCUUUGGAAAGGUAUCUUCCUUCAGUUUUUGCAUUCCUCGGUUCGGAUUUUGCGACACAACCAAAUGAUAGUGUAUUGAAGCUCUAUGAAGUAGCGCUUUCGAAUUUGGAACUACCAGGUGUAACGAAUCGGGCAGCUGCUGUCGUUAUAAAUCAAUUGGCUACUUAUGUUGGAGUUGUACGCAGAAAAUUUUUUCUACAUUUCCUCAAAGUAUUAUCUGAAGCAAGUGAACAGCAAAAUAGAAAUCUGCUGGUUGGAACGCUGAAUUCACUGCGUUUACUGUGGCCUGUUUAUUUAUUGAGGAGCAGUGAAUAUGAAUUGGAGAGUCUGCAAGGUGUAGUUCGUGAUGUAUUACGGUGUCUUUUUUCACCUCACAAUGAAAUUGUGGUUGCUUCAUUGGAAUUUCUCGAAAAAGUGGUUUCAUCUCCACUCGCUGCCCUUAACGUAGAGUCAUUUUAUCCACAACAGUCAAACAUUCUAAAAUCUGACGUGGAAGAACAGGAUAUUGCUGUGCCAACAAAUGCUACCAGUUGUGUGAGCUCGCUGAGAGCUAGUCCACUAGAUUUUCUUUUUGAUAGCACAUCUUCUGAAGCAGUGGAUUUAGCUAACAGCUGUGUUCAGCCUUCAUUUAGUUUGCCUUCAAAUGCUGGUUCUUCGAGCUUAAAGAUGCAGAACGAGUCAAGUUCGGAAGGUGGCAUGGAUAUUAUUGAUCCCCUAAGACACUUAGAAAUAUCCGAUGAUCAAACCAAGUGUUCUAGUUCAUCAGAAGGAUCGUUACCUGAACUUACAUCAGUUUCUAUUCCGAUACCCAAAUAUUUGCCUGUAGACAUAUCAUUUGGUUCAUUUCUCACAUAUACUGCCGUACUUCUGGCAAAACGAUUUUUAUUAAGUGGGCAAUGCUUUAAAUUGAUGCCUGAUAGCGAAGUUCGUGUAAGCCACAAAAUUUUGGCAAUGUCUUGUUUGGGCAAUCUUGCUUUGCAUCUGCCAAAAUUUGCUGACAUAACUCUCCAACCAAAAGGUGGUUUAGGCGUACAAACAUUGAAGGAUCUUCAACUUUAUCUGAAUCACGAAGAUGAUCAGUUAAAAGCUGUAGCAAUCACUGUGUUCGUAAAUGCUGAAAAAUGCCGAUUCAGAGCUUUGGGUGAACAAUUCCAUGAAUCUCGUUGCUCAUUCGCUUCAUUUGUAUAUGAUGCGAUCCGUAUUCGUCGUGCUCACUGCAGUCGCUCGUUACUGAUAGCUUUAAAGUCUGCCAAAAAACUGGUUUAUCAAGCUGGGAUUGUAUACGAUGUUGCAAAAUUUGCCUGUGAAAAUUAUCGGGACAACUAUUUUUUGCUGCGGAUAGCUGUAGUGGAAUAUCUAGCAAGCAUCGAGUGGGCAUUUGCGAUUUCGUUUACUACUCAUCUUCCUGACGAGAUUUUUCAGAUAUAUAUGCAUUUGCUUGCUGAUGACGACCAACGAGUGAGGAACGCUGCAGCAAAGCAUCUUUCAUUACUAACUGAGAACGCGAACUACACUUCAGCACCGAAUAACAUCGCAGUGGAAGAACCCACUGAUUACCUUUGUUCCGAUUUUCCAAAAAAUCCUCUGACUGUAGGUAUGAGUCCAUACUACGAUUUCCUGCAGCAACCAUUCAAUUUUUUGACCGCUUACAACCUUUCUUUUGUGCUUAGAAAGAUGUUCCAAAUUUUAACGACAAGUGCGUGCGAAAAACAACAGGCAGGUAUUGCUGCUGGGUUAUUUCAACUGUUAUGUUGUUUCAAAUCUAGACAUUAUGCGCAAGCAUGGGGACUGGAAUCGAACGUUGAUAGUUCGAAGACUGGUUUAAUCAUUUCUCUGAUUUCUAAAUGUGAUUAUUGCUGUACUGAUAUUCAAACUUUCAUACAGUUAUUAAAUAUUGCAACGUAUAUGACUGCAGGGUUGUACACAGUAGGCAUCAUGAAGGCUGCUAAUGAAGGUAGUGAUGUUAUGCCGAAAUUCCUGAGAUAUUCCAUUUAUGAACAACUUAUUCUACUGCAAUUGAGGGUUAUUAAUUUGUAUUAUUCUUUGAUAAUCGAACAUCGGCAGCAAACUGUUUGUCCUUUUUCGCGGUCCUCACCAUUUUCGCCCGUUCGUAAAGCACUUUCCGUUAGUACCAACAGUGUAGCAUCAUGGGAGCAACGAAUUGCUGCGAUUUCAAGAUUUGUUGGUAUUGGCAUCAAAAUGUCUAGAAAUACAAGCUUCCUGCAAUCUCCUAGUCUCAUUCAUCUCGCUGAUUCACUGAAGGGUGGUUAUCUCAAUUAUAUGAAUACUUUGGCGUUUGAUGCAUCCGAACGUUUUACAGCUCUGUUGAUUUCAGCACUGAAUUGUUUAGCUUGUACACUAGAGGUGAUGCGUCUUCCACUGGUUGCAGAUAUUCUGGAAGAGAUUUUAUUGUACUGUCAAACUGUUAUCGAAGUCGUGCCAGAUGAAAGUAUUCGAGUUGCAAUGCAGUUAUUUAAGAUAUUAUUUGGAAGUAAUGUUGCAAAUUUAUCAUUAGAUGGAUUAAGGAGUUUGAAAUUAAAUCAUAUUAGCCAACCCAAAGAUCUCUUCGAAGUCUGCUUGUUAAGAAAUGCAGAUUUCUUUACAGAAUUUGUUAUCAAUACAGGUCGAACUGAAUAUGGCGAAGCUCAGCUUAUAAGAUCUGCUGGUUGGUUACGCAAGGACCUAAUCUCUAAAGAUGGAGUCCCCACAAGCAUGGAAAUAGCUUCGCACGUGACAAUGUUUGAACCGUAUGUAUCAUUGACAAUUCGCUUAUAUCAGUCAACGAAUUCUGUGGAUAUUCAAUGCUCGGUAUUGGAUCUCUUAUGUGUACUUGUUCGAGGUGGAAUAAACUAUUCUUUGCUGGAUCCAGAAACUCGUUUGCUCAAUUUCGUCAUUGAACAAGUUAAUGAGAUUAGUGCCCGGAACUGGACAGCUACAGAUGCUGAGAAAUUGCUAAAUUCAGUAUUCAAUUAUUUUUUAUCGCUUUAUCAUACUGAAAGUCGUGGACAAGUAAUCAUGGGAUUGGACAGAAUUCGCUCUUUUGUGGAACUCUUAAUCAAAGCUUGUAAUACACGACCAUAUCUGACUUUAUGUGCUUUAAAUUGUCUUCAAAUAGUGUUGGUUGAUUGCAUAAGCAUGCGCCUUUCUUUCGAUGUCACACUUCUGAAGAUAUUAGAAACGACUGACCAAUUAGCAGCAGUGUGUCCCACAAGAGUUCUUCAGCUCUGGGUUCUUGCUGCUCUCGGUUUUCAUAUUAACGGAGAAGCACAGAGUUGGACAAAAACAUUGUUAUCCCUGUUUGAAAACUUGCAACAAUUAUAUGCAGGAAAUUGGGAAUUCACUACAGCCUUCAAUGCAAUCAUUUUGUUGCGGUCAUGUUAUGCCGCCAUUACUCGACCAAUGGACUCUCUUUUCAAAAAAAUGAUCAACAUUUUAGAAGAUGAUUUGCACUGUUUUUCUCGACUGGUGGUCGUCCUACCAUAUUUGUUCAUAUUCCUGUGUGUUUUGAAGGAAGGUUCAACUUUUACAAGAAUCGAACAAAUAUGUGACCGUGCUGUUGAAAAGAUUGGGUGUUUGCUAAUGACCUUACUUGGUCAGUGUCUGAAAGCUUUACGACGACUAACUUCUCUGGAUAGUAUCAAUGAGGAAAACAGUGAAAAUUUGGUGAUUUGGUAUCUUUUAAUUUUAUCGCACGCCGUUCAUUCAGGUGAUAUGAAAUCCAUUACAAAUACUUUUGAUGCAUAUUUCUCAAUGGAUUUUGCUGAUCUUCAAAGCUUAUCGACGUUUUAUCCACGUAUUUACGCUCAACUAUUUGCAUUUGUUAACGCUGCUGGUUUCCAUAGGCAUAAGCAUUUGUUUCAUUCCUCCUCAAAACAGUUAGGCGAUUUGUGUAUGAUAACGCAAUGCCGAACAGCGAGCCCAGAUGAAGCUGGCGAUAUCGUUCGUUUAUUCGAUUGUUGCUCUCCAGAUAUUUUGUUAACUGUCGUAGUACGUAGGUGGCUUGCAUGUCAUAUAAGUGAUUUGGACAUUGAUAUGCAGAAGACUUUACUAGAAAGUGCUAUCAACCUCAGCAAAAAUUGUUGCUCUUAUGCUGUUGAUUUGGAUGUUAUUGAACUUAUCGCAUCCAAUGAUAUUCCGGAAACAUCUAUUAUCAUCGAAUUUUUGCAAAAUAAACGUGGUAAAUCUAGAAUACUGGACUAUUUAAUGGCUCUUGUUCGUGAUCAUCAGAGUGAAAAUGUUGCACUCAAAACUUCACUGACAAACUUCAUAACAUCGGAACAAUUUUCUGCUGAUUUCUUAUUUAAAUGCGUCGAAAAAACAUCAAAAUUAGGUGGCAAGAAACACAAUCUUGGAAUUGAUGAUCCAUCGCAGUUCACUCCAGAACUUUUUGCUGAUAUACUUCAACAAAUUAUUGGAAAAAAAAGUCAAGUUUUGAGUUGUUCAGCAUCAAUUUACCGAGAUAAUAGAAAUGUACACGUGUUGAUUUUAGAUUUUGACAUCCAGGCGGAAUUUAUUUGUGUCAUGUUGUGUAACGUUGAAGGAAGGUAUGCGGAAAUGAUACUACGAAAUGCGUACGAAUGUAAGAGAUACGACGUACUGUCCAGUUUUAUUGACAUGUUGGAUCAAUUUAAAAUUGCUAAAGAAUGUUCUGGUGAAUUGUACGAUGAACUUUCCACAUCUCCUCUGCUGAAAAUCGACACAUUAUUGGCUUCAUUUGUUUCACUUGCAUUCGAUCCGUCCGUCAAUUCUUCUUUGCAACUUUUUGUUCAAAGUAGAAUUGCAAAUAAACCUGAAAGUAUUGCCUACAAAAAAGCAUCUGAUUGGGUUACCGAAGAUUCAUUAUUCGAUCAUUGGAUACAACGCUAUGUCGAUUCUCUUGCCGUACAGAGUGAAUCACAAACAUCAGAAGUGGCUUGUGCAGUCGCUUUUGGAAUUACUAGGCCUUCUUUUCGUGAAACUAUUGACCAAGCUCAAAAUUCGAAGAAAGUUGUAGAGCAGCAGCUGUCUUUGGCUGUUAGUGUCGCUCGAUUGGUUCAGUACGUUUUUGAGCAGUGUAGCAUGCUGCCUUACCAGGGAUUGCAAAAGCUGGGUGAUCCUUUUUGGAGUAUGAAAAUAAUCGAUCGGACUGGCAAGAAAGAUUUCGAUAUAGGUUUUUUUUCUGAUGCUAUACGAACUGCUUUUGAUGUAACGCAAAAGAUACAAGAAAUUUUUCGCAAGAAACAUCGUAAAACUCGCUUGUACUCUCACUUAGAAAGGCUAGCGAAGGCUGUGUCAAGAUUACCGUUUUUGAGUGAUAUUUCAUGUAUACCACGGUCUGCAAUUUUAUGUGGUUGGAAACCAGAACCAGAAAUUCACCGUUCGUCGAUUUCAAUACCGACCGUGAAUAUCCACUACCUUGGGAAUGUAGAUAUUUUGCAAGAUUUUGUAUGGCGGGUUUUAUGGGCUGGAUGGAAUCGCCGCUCAAAUUUUGAUAAUUUUUCGAUGUCUUUGUUCGGUGUAAUUUCGUCAACUCCGUCUGGCUCUGAACUUGCAAAUGCUAAUGUGAAUAUGACGGAGCAGCUUAUGGCUAGUACUAUUGCUGUUGAAGGCAUAACGAACCUAUUGCUGGAAACGUUGUUGUAUCCGGAAAGAGGUGAUCCGGUUACGGGAAAGUUCAUUGUGAAACCGCGUGAUGUAUCACCAGAUUUUCUUUCAUCGUCAUAUGGGCAGCGUUUAACAAUGCUUCAAGCAAAACUGUUGGGUGCUUCCGCAGUAGAUUCCAUUCGUAAAAAGAACUUAGAAAUUAUAAACGAUCGAGGGAAAAGGUAUCGACCGGGACAAUUUUCGGUACUUACAUUUUGGAAUAUGGCUGGUGUUCUGGAUCAAGAACGCAAUUUGUACAAAGACAUCAUGCAGAUCAAUAGUCAAUCGAAAGAGCGGUUGCCUUCGUCAGAUAGCAGCUACUUACUGAACAGUGGCCAUGACACUACAUAUGAAUCAUGUUUGCGAAUGCUUUUCGAUACUUAUUCACACUGGUUUCGUGCUGGUGUAGAUGCUGUUCCAUUGCCUCUUCUCUCAGCAACUGUUAAGUCGAUGUCUCUGUUAUCUGAUUUGUUUACGGAAAUGGAUCAGUACCGUUUUGUGUUUGGGCAUAUGAAAACAUUAUUUUCUAUUCGUUCGUAUCUUGAUAAUGUGGACAUUGGCAAUAUCAUUUAUUCACUGCUGAAAUGUAUUUCAAUCCUUGGCAUUGAAGAUUCGUUUCUACCCAAGGUUGAUACACAGAAAACAGUUCUGACAUGGAUUGAAACUGGUCUUACUUCGGAAUUUACUGAAAUUCGAAUCAGAACACUGCAAGGAUGUCUAUUCCUGCUACAAGCAGUUGGUUUUGAUGAGUUAAAGAAUGUAUUUCUUUUUUUGGAGUCAUUUCUGAUGAAUGAUCCGCAAAGGAGUGAUUGCGGACUAUACGAAUAUGAAACGAUAUUGUGGACUGUAAGAUUUUUCUUUUUCGACAACCCCACUUAUUCUUCAGACAAUUCACGGACUGCAUUUAUCAAUAUGAUUUGUGAAAGAUUUUUCGCACUUGCAACUCCUGGUUGGUUGAUGAACUUAAUAUCUGUGGGUAUUGAAAAACUAAUCGUUGGUUCUCGAAUAUAUGUGCUCACUUUCAGUCGUGUUGCCGUUCAGGCGCUGGAAAAUUAUUUUUAUGCACCACAAAAAUUUUUAUAUGCACUUCGUAUCUUCAUUGCAUGCUUGUAUCGAGGCUUAGAAGAAGGAAAAGUACAACAUUUGGGCACUCAGCCGUAUGAUCCACGUAUUCAUCUUAUGGAACAACAUGCUAUGAUAUUUAGGAUACUUGCGGAAGGUGCCGAAGAUGAUGCGUCACAAUUAAUGAAAGUAUUACCGUAUUUAUUAAUAGAUUCGUUGAAUCAAAGUGAACUUAUAAACAGCAUUCUGAAAGAACUAAUCCACCGAUAUACAGGUCUCCCUCAUCCACGCUCUGCGGCCAUCUUUAGAAUUAUUCAUUGUUGGUUUAUCGUGCUGCAUAGCCGUGAAACUGAGAAUGUUGUAUUGGAAUGGACUCUAAAUGGUUUAGACUCUUUUAAGUAUGUAGCCGACCCUACACUAUUCCGAUUUUACGUCAGUGCAUUUCUGUGUUCAUCAUCACCAAAUCCGCGCAUCGCUAAUUUAUUUUAUCUUGUCAUUGGACGCACAUCAAAUUUAGCUUGGAUCGAUGACUUCCUGUUCGAAUUUUCAGUGCGAUCUUUGCUUUUACGGAUGAAGAAGGAUGCAAGAAAUGGAUUAAAAGUGUCAAUGGAGAAGUUUGUAUUGAACGGAAAAACAUGCCGAGACCCAAGAAGAAUAGCUUCUUUUCCACGGCUGUAAUUCAUUUUGCCUGGAUAUUUGAGCUUCAGGUUUGGAUCUUUGAUAUGUAAUUCUGAAUACUGAUUUUAUACCGACAAGGAAGAAGGCGUUUAUGGUGACAUAAUUUUGUUAAUCCGAAUUUGCACCUCUAAGAUAUCUUACCAAGCUACAAUGCUUCAUUUCAUGAAUAUUCUCUCUUUUACGAAUCCAUCAUGUAACUAAUUCCAUGCAUUGUGAAUUUACAAUAUACCGUUUAGUAUGUUUUGUACUGUGACUUGAUUGUGGUUAGCUUUCCUUACCUUACUUUUUUCCGACACUUUUUAAUGACAGACAUAUCGACUUGUGACACGUUGUUAUAUUGUUUUAUUAUCACGAAUUGCGGAUGCACUCAUUGUACAAUAUUCUAAUAAAAACUGAUUUGUAUAAAAUAAGC